UCAGCCGCUGCAGCCUCGAACUGUUCCAGAGUCAGCUCUCUCCUCACAAAGAGGAACUUAUAUACUAAACUGAGCUGAACUCGUGUUUUUAGAACUGAUCUCAGUUCAGGAUCCGGGAUUCAGAGAUCUGCUUGUGACAGUCACCUGAUCGUGGUCAGGAUAUUCAGGGGAAAAAAAGCUCUGAGCUCUCCUGCGUGACUACAAGCAGUGCAUUCAUCGUUGUGUUAAAAGCGGAGAAAUGGCCACAAACCCACCCAAGUUAAAGACUCCGAUUAGUGCCAAUGAGAGGCUGCAAAACUUGAAAAACACAUUUGAGACAAAGCAUGGACAGUCUCCUCUCUUCUAUGCAUAUGCACCUGGAAGGGUAAACCUGAUAGGAGAGCACAUAGAUUACUGUGGCUAUUCUGUCCUCCCGAUGGCUAUUGAACCAAACAUCCUCGCAGCUGUCUCAGUGAACAACUUGGGGACAAUCACAUUGGCCAACACAAAUCCUCAAUACAAGGAUUUCACUGUGUCGUGUUCAGAGGACAUCGCCAUAGACAGAGAGAAUCCAAAGUGGCAUUAUUAUUUCCUCUGUGGCGUUAAAGGUAUUCAGGAGAAGUUUGGGAUCGCUCAGUUAGCAGGGAUGUCCUGUGUUGUAGAUGGAACCAUUCCUCCGAGCUCUGGCCUGUCCAGUUCGAGUGCCUUAGUUUGUUGUGCUGGUCUGGUAACAAUGGAGGCAAAUCAGAAGUCCCUCUCCAAGGUGGAGCUGGCUGAGAUAUGUGCCAAAUGUGAGCGCUACAUUGGCACAGAGGGAGGGGGCAUGGACCAGUCCAUCUCAUUCCUGGCAGAGAGAGGAACGGCAAAGCUGAUAGAGUUCCAGCCUCUUCGUGCCACCGAUGUGAAACUCCCAGAUGGUGCCGUGUUUGUGAUUUCCAACUGCUGUGUGGAGAUGAACAAAGCUGCUUCUUCUCACUUCAACAUCCGUGUGGUGGAGUGUCGAAUCGCCACAAAGAUGCUGGCUCAGGCACGGGGUCUGGACUCAAGCAAGUUGAUGAAGCUGGUCCAGGUUCAGACGGAGCUGAAGGCCUCCCUGGAGGAGAUGCUCGCUCUGGUGGAUGAAGUGUUGCAUCCUGAGCCAUACAGCCGAGAGAAGAUCUGCAAGGCGCUGAACAUCAGCGCUGAGCAGUUUUCCACAGAGCUGCUGAGUGCCAACACUCAGCAGGAGACGCAUUUCAAGCUGCACCAACGAGCCAAACAUGUGUACGGCGAAGCUGCACGCGUGCUGCGCUUUAAGAGCGUGUGCGACUCUGCCCCUGCCGACUCCAUACGGCAGCUGGGAGACCUGAUGAACCAGAGCCAUGCGAGCUGCAGAGACCUGUAUGAGUGUAGCUGUCUUGAACUGGAUCAUCUGGUGGACAUUUGUCUGAAGUCGGGGGCUGUGGGUUCCCGGCUGACAGGAGCAGGUUGGGGUGGCUGUGCUGUCUCCAUGGUUCCCGAUGAGAAGGUGGAGUCUUUCUUACAAGCAGUGAGGGAGUCGUACUACCUCCCUGAUCCACGCAGAGCGGCGAUGGAAAAACAGAGUUUGUUUGUGUCAAAGCCGGGUGGAGGAGCUGCAAUUAUUCUUGAGGAGUAAAACAUAUAGAUGUCUAUGUGUUUAUAUCGUAUAUACAGGGGAUAUACAGAUAUACAGGUCUCAUCUGAUUUCAAAUGCACUUUUACGGGGACAUAAAUUUACAUCACUUACAUGCUGAAGUCAAUGACAAGAUAUUACAAAAUGUAAACAUUACUUUGCUGUUUUAAUUUAACCUCUUUACAGAUGAUUCUGAAAAAUAAGGGCCAAAAAUUCAUUAACAGUGGGGAAUCAUGUCUUACAAAGGGAAUAUGCUUUUUGUUUUGAAACUGUUUUAUAAAUUCAUGAAUGUUGGGAGGUUUGUAAUAAACUGAUUUUGUAGCAAA